GAAAAGCCUUAGUCAUUUAGUAAACUUUUCAACUAAAAUCUGAAUUAUAAUAGUUUUCUGCUUGGCUCUUAAUAUAGCUAACAUACUAUCUCUAGCAUUAAUCAAAGUGUAAUGUAAAGGUUUGAUUUUGAGCCUAAGCAGAAUGUGAAAUUCUUCUAAGAGAAUUUAGCACCUAGGGCAAACUACAGGGGAGAAUUCUUGAGCUGUCAUGUUGAUUCACUUCUGGAAUUGUUUAAAAUAUGUUAGGUGCAUCUUUAAAGGGGGAAAGAAGGGGAAGAGAUGUCACAAAAGAGUAGAGUGAGGCAAGAGAAAUGGCAAGGGAGUGUUGCUAGGUUGCCAGUCUUCCGCCCCCACUGUCUUGGUGAUGGUGGAGGGGUAGUGUGGGAGCUGGGAUAUGAAAGAGGUCUUUUUUGCAACUUAUGAAAAGCUGUUACCUUGUCUUCAUCUAUCAGCUGGCUAUCUGACCUCUUUGGUAACAUAAGCUCCUGAAAUGUAGCAUUGGAGAUGAUCACUCUGCUUUGUUGCAAAAUAGGGGAGACUGCUCUGCAUUUACAUGCUUAUGUUUUUUGGAGGAUCUUUCAACUAGUAACUUUCAUAAUACUUGUGAAAGCAUAUAAGAACCAGUAUCCCCAUUUUUAGGGGGAGUUGGAGUGAGCAAUGAUUUGGAAUGCCAGAAAUUCAACUUAUACAUUUACAGCUCCAGAGUUUCCUAUUUUGGAGAAGCAGAACUGGUUGAUUCAUCUUCAUUAUAUCCGGAAAGAUUAUGAAGCAUGCAAGGCUGUUAUCAAAGAACAGCUUCAGGAGACUCAGGGAUUGUGUGAAUAUGCUAUCUAUGUCCAAGCAUUGAUAUUUCGCCUGGAAGGAAAUAUCCAAGAAUCCCUAGAACUCUUCCAGACAUGUGCCGUUCUUAGCCCUCAGAGUGCUGAUAAUCUCAAGCAGGUGGCAAGAUCUUUAUUUCUUUUGGGAAAACAUAAAGCUGCCAUCGAAGUCUAUAAUGAAGCAGCUAAACUCAACCAGAAAGAUUGGGAGAUCAGCCAUAACCUAGGAGUUUGCUACAUUUAUCUGAAGCAGUUCAACAAGGCACAAGACCAGUUACACAAUGCCCUGAAUCUUAAUAGGCAUGAUCUGACUUAUAUAAUGCUGGGGAAGAUCCACCUGCUGGAGGGAGACUUGGACAAGGCCAUUGAAAUCUACAAGAAAGCAGUGGAGUUCUCACCAGAAAAUACAGAACUUCUUACAACUUUAGGAUUACUCUAUUUACAGCUCGGCAUUUACCAGAAGGCAUUUGAACAUCUUGGCAAUGCACUGACUUAUGACCCUACCAACUACAAGGCCAUCUUGGCAGCAGGCAGCAUGAUGCAGACCCAUGGGGACUUUGAUGUUGCCCUCACCAAAUACAGAGUUGUGGCUUAUGCUGUCCCAGAAAGUCCUCCACUCUGGAAUAACAUUGGAAUGUGUUUCUUUGGCAAGAAGAAGUAUGUGGCGGCCAUCAGCUGCCUGAAACGAGCCAACUACUUGGCACCCUUCGAUUGGAAGAUUCUGUAUAAUUUGGGCCUUGUCCAUUUGACCAUGCAGCAGUAUGCAUCAGCUUUUCAUUUUCUCAGUGCGGCCAUCAACUUCCAGCCAAAGAUGGGGGAGCUCUACAUGCUCUUGGCAGUGGCCCUGACCAAUCUGGAAGAUAUAGAGAAUGCCAAGAGAGCCUAUGCAGAAGCCGUCCACCUGGAUAAGUGUAACCCUUUAGUAAACCUGAACUAUGCUGUGCUGCUAUACAACCAGGGCGAGAAGAGGAGCGCUCUGGCCCAAUAUCAGGAGAUGGAGAAGAAAGUCAACCUACUCAAGGACAGUAGCUCUCUGGAAUUUGACUCUGAGAUGGUGGAGAUGGCUCAGAAGUUAGGAACUGCUCUUCAGGUUGGGGAGGCACUGGUCUGGACUAAACCAGUUAAAGAUCGCAAAUCAAAGCACCAGACCACUUCAGCCAGCAAACCUGCCAGUUUCCAGCAACCUCUGGGCUCUAAUCAAGCUCUAGGACAGGCAAUGUCUUCAGCAGCUGCAUACAGGACGCUCCCCUCAGGUGCUGGAGGAACAUCCCAAUUCACAAAGCCACCAUCUCUUCCUCUGGAGCCAGAGCCUGCCGUGGACUCAAGUCCAUCUGAAACAUCCGAACAAAUAGAGAAAUAAGAAUAGAAUGACCCCAAAGCAGUGUUUUUUUGGGUGAGGAUAAUGCUGGAUUAGGAAAGGUGACAUGACACAGGGUGAGUGGCAGCCACCACAGAAUUAAAACACAGAACACAGUGUGUUUAUGAUCACAAGGAGCCAGCAGGUGAGCCUAAGGUCCUUCCUCCCUACCUGGUACUAGCAUUUGAGGUUGGAAACCCUCCAUUGCCCCAUAAGCCAGGAAACAGGGAAAAGAUAACAUAGUUCAAGAACUGGAAACAAGAGGCUGUAUGUAGUUCUAAGUAAGGUGUAUGAUGCUGUUUGCUUUCAAAAAGGACAUUUAUCCCCUUCCUUAGGUCAAGGAACAGCUGGGACAGAACUCCACUGAGUAGACCUGGGAUGACAAAACCUUGGGUUUAACUGGGACGAUCCUCAGGUUGUGGGGUUUAUUAGUCCCUAAGGCAAACACAAAUACUGUAUUAAUAAUCCAACUUUAAUAGCAUAAAUUUAAAAGAAAAAAUAAAAGCUCUGUAAGUUGACGCCCAGCCUGGUGAGUAUCACAGCUGCCUUUGCCCAAAGGGAAUCCAGAACAAGUCCCUCCCUGUAUUUUGUUUUUGAGAGAAGUCAGUCUAGAAGCCAGAUCCUAUCAGUAUCAUGAGGAGCAGCCUAGGGCUUGUCUGGCUCAGCACCAAGGAUUCUAAGAGUUUCUUAGAUGAGUAAUCGUUACUGAAGACAGUCAGUGAUAACCACUGACCAGAUGCUAUCAACAUACUAUAUGUCCUUUUUAAAAUAAAGAUUAUGUAUCUUUCCUUUGGGGAAAAUUGUUACUCAGGUAUAAAAACAAGAGAUUACAAUAAAAACUUAAAAUAACCUA